UGUGGGAACGACCAAAUGCAGAAUUCGGAGAGUCCUUCAAGGUCACCUAGUGCGUCUCAACGACAACGACAAAGAAAAAUGUAUGCUUUGCGAAACGCGUGGCGCAUGAACGCAGAGAGGAAUGUGUUAUAUAAGACCAAACUUUGUAGAAAUUAUGAACGCCAGGGCUCAUGCAUAUUGGGUGAAUUUUGUCAGUUUGCUCACGGAAUCAAUGAACUGCGGCAACCACAAGAUCACCCUAGGUAUCGCACGCGUGAAUGCAGGAUGUUCGCGCGAAUGGGAUAUUGUAACGACAUUGAUAAAAUGCGUAGUGAUAUAGGCAACACAACGCGUUCUCCGAACACCAAGCAGCCAUCUUCAAUGCAGAGCGAAUCGCGUCGCUGGAACAAAUGCUGA